AUGCUUUCUCCGCCCGUCAAGGAGAGACACCCAGUCAAGGACCUCCAAAAGGUCUUUCACUACACAGAUACCAUGACUCGCAAGCCUACGAGAGACAAUGACCCAUACGAAUAUCAGGCUGGCUUCGGUAAUCGCCACCAAUCUGAAGUGAUUCCCGGGACACUGCCGGCAGGACAGAACAAUCCCCAGGAACCGCGUUUUGGUCUAUACACUGAAGGAAUCACAUAUUCUGCAUUCGCAGCUCCUCGACACGCCAACUUCAGCACCUACAUGUAUCGGGUGCGACCUGCAGCAGCUCAUAAUGGCUAUAAGGCCAACAUCCCCCACAAAUCCGAUAUCGAAAAUUGUUUCCUCACUUUGAAUCCAAAGGUUGCCACACUGGCCGAACAAGGCGAAUGGGCCCCCUUUCCAUUGCCCGGUGACGACGAAAAGAUUGAUUUCAUUGACGGACUACACACCCUCGGAGGAAGCGGUGAUCCCAACCUCCGCGAGGGCAUUGCACUCUAUGUUUACAUGAUAAAUGCUGACAUGGACCACCGUGCAUUCUGUAACACCGAUGGCGACUUCUUGAUUGUCGCUCAACUGGGUAACCUGGACAUUCAGACCGAACUUGGCAAGCUUUUCCUGCAACCCGGCGAGAUCUGUGUGGUUCCGCGAGGCAUCCGAUUCUCGAUUCGGCUGGGCCCUGGCUAUAGCGUUGCUCGGGGGUAUAUCACAGAAGUUUGGGGUUCACGGUGGGAUUUGCCUGAUCUGGGUCCCAUUGGAGGACAUGGGCUUGCCAACCCGCGUGAUUUCUUGCACCCAAUCGCAUACAUUGACGAUAAUCUACAUGAGGACUGGGCAAUUGUGAAUAAAGCAAAUGGGUUGUAUCAUGCUAUUGAGCAAGAUCAUAGUCCGUUUGAUUUGGUUGCUUGGCAUGGCAAUGUUGUCCCGUACAAAUACGAUCUGACAAAGUUUUCUUCUCAAAAUGCCACUUCGAUCGAUCACACCGACCCCUCUGUGAAUUGCGUGUUGACUGCCGCCUCUCGCGAUCCGAAUAAUCCGCUGGCGGAUUUCCUAUGGUUCGGGCCGCGCUGGGAUGUAGCCUCCAACACGUUCCGACUACCCUAUUUCCACCGCAACUCGGCUACUGAGUUCCUGGCCUCGUUAUAUGGAAAUGGAUUGGGUCGUUCGGAUGACUUCCUGCCUGGUGGAGGUAGUGUGGAGAUCAGCCAUACUCCCCAUGGAAACUUCAGUGAAGACUACGUGUAUGAGAUGCGGAACCAGGUGAAUGAGCCCCGGAAGAUUCUUGAAAACCAAAUGACUAUCAUGAUUGAGAGCAGUCGGUCGUUCUUGUUCACUGAAUAUGCCCGCACUGGAUGCGGUACAUUCAAGGAUCAGGGUACCGACCCCAAGGUGUGGGAUGCUUUGCCAGACAAAUUCUCAGCAUAUCCGAAUAUUCAGAAGAUCCUGCAGCAUGCCAAGGAGGACAAGGAGGCUCGCAAGCGGCGGCUGGAGACCUUUUAUGAUGACGAUCAGCUGGCGGAGUUGGCUCGCCAGUAG